AAGGGCUACGUGCACCCGAUGCCUGAUUUUUCACAUGGACCUGGUGGCCACGGUGUGGGAAUUCCAGCCUGGGAGGAUGGUGUGCAUCCCUUGCUGCGUCAUGGUUCUGCUCUGGAUCUACAAAGAAUUCCUGGUGCCAUACAUAUGCCCUCUGCUUUCCCCCUUUGUUAGUCACAUGUGGCCUAGAAAAGCUCUUCUAAAAUCCCAUGAUAAAAACAAAGGCAAAGCAGACUGCAAGGGUGCAGACAUAAGUGGACUGCCAACAAAAGGACCAAAGGAAAUCUCUGAUAAAAAUAAAGACUUAAAGGGAUUGUUCUAA